UCGGUCUCGAUGGGCCUCCAAUUCCCUCUCCAUCCGUUCCUCCGGGAGUACUUGAGGUACACCGGCCUGGUUCCCUGCCAACUGACCCCCAAUAGCCACUCGUACAUAACUGGGUUCGUGAACCUGUGCAAACUCCGGGGGGUUACACCGAGCUUGGAGCUAUUCUUCCAAAGCUUCAACCUAUGCCGGGGGGGCCACACCAAUGCCGAGGGCUAUGCGAACUUACAGCAGAUAGCCCAGUUCAAAUUGUUCACCGAGGCCCCUUCUUCCAACAAGGGGUGGAGAGAGCGAUGGUGCUACAUCAGACUGGCCGACAGCCCUUUCCCGAGGGAGUUGCGGAAUUGCUUCCGGCGUCAUGUGAAGGUCAAGAGCGCCGCCCUCGAGAAGGAUGGCCUGAAGAUUGCCGAGAUUCCGGAGGGGCGGGAUAAGAACGUAACCAUGAAGGAGUGCACCCUCGAGAAAGACCUGUAUGCCCUCGGAUUCCUGAGGUAUCGGUUCAUUGGGGAGACCGAGGAGAAGUAUCCCCUCUAUGAUAAAGCCUUCGUGGGGGCGGGAGGUAGUGGCCGGGGGCUUUACAUUUUUGUACUUUGAGAUUUUCUGUCAUGUUUGUUGUCGUGUCUCGAACCCCUCGGUGCUAACAUUUUAACUUGUUGUUUCUUUGCAGGUAGCAGGAUGAAUGCCAACACUCUGUUCGCAAAGAGGAAGGGCAAGACCCAGUCCAAGGAGAAGGGGCCCUCGGGCCAGAAGCCAGUCGACGCGCUUUUCCCGAAGGUCAUAGAACCUUCCGCCGGGGACUCCCAUGCUGCUGUGGGGACCGGGGGGUCGAAGGCCGAGGCGGCCGCCAAGAAGAAGAGGGGCGACAAGGGGGUGGAGCCCCCCACCAAGAAACAGAAAGGCGCCGUGGGUGCUGUCGGGGCGGCGGCCCCCCUCGUAAUUAUUGAUGACAUGCCCGCUGUUGAUGGGCCUCUAGCCUCGGUCUCUCCGAAGGAUCCGGUGAAUCCCCCCGGGAGGAAUUACCCCGGGAGAUCCGUCAGCUCUCCUUUGCCCCCGGCGCUUCGUUGAUGCACGGCACUGCCGAGCCGAAGGCCUUCCUGCGGGGCAUCACCUCGAAGAUGGACAGGGAAGUCUUCGAGACCUACGAUGACGAUGCCCUCGAGAACAGGAUCCUCCGCUCCUCGCUCACUGCCUGCAUAGCCCUCGGGGAACAGGCCCGGAGGCGCGAGGAAAGGCGUCUUCACGAGGCCGCCCAGGAUAAGAAGGUGGAGGGGCUGAUCCGUAAGAACUCCGAGGCGGUGAAGCAUGCUGCCCAGCUGGAGGAGGCCCUUCGGGAGGCGAAGGCGGCGGCGAAGAAGGCCAAGGCUGAUGGUAUAGCCGAAGGCAAGGCAGAGGCCGAGAGGGCUGCUGCCGAGGCGGCGAAGAAAACCGCCGAUGAAGCCCAAACUGCUAAGGAGAGAGCUGCGGCCGAGGCCCGAGGGGAGGCAGUUGCGGAGUUCCUUGCUGAGGGCUGGAGGGCCGAGGGCCAUAAGGAGUGGGUUGCCUCCGUGGUGGCAGCCUCGGUGGACGCUUGGGUAGAAGGCCCCGGGGUUGACUGGCUGACCGAUAGGGGCGACGCCUACUAUCAGGGGGGUGAGUUCUUUACCCAGCACCUGAUAUACCGGAGGCUCGCCAGGCACUUCGGUGUAUCCCUCGAACAAUUUGACCCCUCGGUAUACGGCCUCCCUCCGUUGCAACCAGAUGUCAAAGUUCCCCUCCCCCCGGGUGAAGAGCGGCCAACAAUCUAUGAUUCUGUGAUGAUGGGGGGUGACGGGGUUGGAGCCAUCGGGGGUGAUGCUGCCGGAGAAGAAGUCUCCUCCAAGGCUGUCGUGGAAGAUGCCCCCGGUGACAACGGGGCUGAAGCUGCCGAGAAGAUUAUUACUUAGUUAAUUUUUUUUUUAAAAAAGCCUUGUAAUGAAACUUUUGUUGCCCCUCGGCUUUGGCCACACUCUGUAAUGAUCACAUUGACUAUUUUUGUGUUGUAAUUGAAUGAUUGCCUUCGGGCUUGGUGUAUAUGAUAUGCUUCCUUCUGAUCUUUUCAUUGUUGAAUGUAUGCCUUCGUCUUUGUUUUGAAUGUAUGUCUUGUUCCUUUGAAUGUAUGUCUUAGGACUUAGAAUACCAUCUGAUUGUAGCUAGCCCUUAGGAGCCUUCGGUAGUUGGGCACCCUCUGCUGGAUAUGCAACCGAUGGUUCGGCAGCAAUUAGGACUUAGAAAUUUUUUUCUAAGUGUAGC